AGCGACUGAAACAAGAAACCGGCUAAUAAACUAAAAACAAAAACAACAAACAAAACUUUUUAACAGUUUGUGUCAUUUGCUAAAGGAGUUUGUGUCAUCGGACUAACUCUUUUGUAUGAAAUAAUGCAGCUUGAUUUAAAAUUUCAACCCAGAGCUUUAUGAUCUACAAUCGAGUCUCUGUGUAUUUUGUCUUUGCCGUGUGUUUACUUUACGAAUAUGGAUGCAGAAGGCCCCAGGGCCCUGUCCGGCCUGUGUCUGGCUCAGGUGUGCCGCUGCCUCGACCUUUUGUGUGUCAGGCGAGCAGAUGGCUCCCUGAGCCUCAGCUGGGCCCCAGUUCUCCCACAGGAAGUGGCUGACCAGCUACUGCGUGAGAUGGCAGCUGACGGACGACUGAGCGACAGGACCAUUGGAAUUUUCCGUGACUACAAAAAGCUCCGCCUGCGACAAGCAUUUAUUCGCUGCUGUCCGGUGUCUGCAGAAGCCUUUCGCCUUGCCCUCUCCCCUCACCGCCUUCAGGAACUGGAUGCCUCCUGGAUCCCUGGGAAUCUGACUGGGGCUGACAUCCUCUCAGGCCUGGCCUCCAACCCAGAAUGCAGACACAGCCUACAGAGACUGUCUUUGAAUGGUCUGCAUCUGGACUGGGAGUCUCUUGGGGAGGAUGGAGGGACACGUGUUAAAGGCUUUAGUUCCCUCCAGGGCCUGAAGGGGCUGGCAGUGGCCAACACAGACCUGAGUGAUGCUGUCCUGGAGGACAUCUGCUCUCUCCCUCGGCUGGAGAGCCUGGAUAUCUCCAGUAGUGCCGUCACAGAUCUCACAGCCCUCCUGGAGUGCAGAGUGACCCUGAGAUCUUUGAUUGCCCACAGACUCUGGCAACUUGAUAUGUCCCCCACAAGGUUGCUUUUUGUCCUCAGCCAGCUCCACAGUCUCAGGCACCUGGACUUUUCAGAUGACCGCUUUGUUGGAUCAUCCACCGAUGACAAUGCCACUGGGAAGGAAGAUGAAGCGGUGCGCCAACUUCUGGAGGGAAGCCCCCAAGUCCUCCCUUCCCUCAUUUCUCUGGACGUGUCGGGACGUAAGAGAAUCUCAGAGGCAGCAAUCAGGGCAUUUGUGGAGGCCAGGAGUGGACUGGUGUUCCUGGGCCUGUUGGCCACUGGUGUUAGCUCCUGUGACAUCUUCUCUUCACAGAGAAAUUUAAAAGUGGCAGGAGAGGCCAAUGAGAACCAGGUAUGUGAGGCAUUAAGAAGGUACAAUGAGAGGGAGAAUUUCACACAAGAGGCACUCAUCCAUCUCUACAAUAUAACUGCUAACAUGGACAAACCUCGCCCAAAUAUCCUCAAGCUGGUGGUGAGUGGGAUGCAGAGUCACCUGAGCUCCCUGCAUGUGCAGCUAGUGGCCACGGCGUGUGUGUUCAACCUGACCACCCAGGACCUGGCGGAGUCCAUGCCCGUUCACCUGCUCAGCAGCGCAGUCAACCAGCUGCUGCAUGCCAUGAACAGCUUCCCCAACCACCAGCAGGUGCAGAAGAACUGUCUGCUUGCGCUGUGCAGCGACUACAUCCUUCAGGAUGUUCCUUUUGACAAGUAUUUAGCAGCCAAGCUGGUGAUGAGCUUGCUGAGCAGCCACGAGGAUCCCACCCUGCAGAGAAUGGCUGUGGCUGUCAUCUCUAUUCUAGUAGCAAAGUUGUCCACAGAGGAGACCGCACAGCUGGGCACUGACAAGUCUAUUAUGAAGCAGCUGCUGGGUAUUGUGCAGCAGAAAGCGAUGAUGGGCGUGGUGGACACCACUCUGAAGUUUGCCCUGAGUGCUCUCUGGAACCUCACCGAUGAGACGCCCACUGCAGCCCGCCACUUCAUCCAAUGCCAGGGCCUGGAGCUGUAUGAGGAGGUGUUGGAGUCCUACUACACUGAAUCGUCCAUUCAGCAGAAAGUUCUGGGCCUUCUGAACAACAUAGCAGAGGUGGUGGAUCUGCAGGGGGACCUGAUGGAAGAGGACCUGUUGGAGCACAUCCUCAACCUGCUGCAGGACUCCCAGGUGGAGGUCGGGGUCCGCUACUUUGCUGGGGGGGUCCUGGCUCAGCUCACCUCCAGACCAGAGGCCUGGACGCUGGAAGAAGAGCUCCACACAGCCAUUUUGGAACAGCUACAUGCUUGCAUAAUGACAUGGAUCCCACCUGAGAGAGAAAUGGUGUCUUACAGAUCAUUUCGUCCGUUCAUCCCUCUGCUCCAGACCUCCCAGCCCUCUGGGGUGCAACUGUGGGCUGCCUGGGCCAUACAUCUGGUCUGCAGUCAGAACACUACACAUUACUGCAGUAUGCUCCGGAGCGAAGGUGUCGUCAAUCUGCUGAGGGGUUUGGCAGCACACACCGACACCCACAGUGACAUCAGAAGACUGGUAGAGCUCAUCCUCUGUAUGGCAGAUCAACAUCCGAGUCACACAAGGCCCCUCAACAACCAGCCAGGACCUCAAAGUUCAUGAUUUCAGCACCGGGAUGACAAAUGUAAAUGUUGUGCAUUUUUUUAGACUUAUGCUCAGGAAAAUAGAGGUGUGAGUUCGGAGGAAUGUGAUUAUUUGUAAGUAUUUUGAGGUAAGAUUUUUAUUUAAAUCUCAUUUUAGGAAAUAUUCAUUGAAAUGUAUUAUGUAUGAAUGAAUACUCCAAUUAAUAGAGACAUAUGAAUACCUUUUCUAUCAACGCUUUUUUCAGCUCUAUGGCUAGAUCCCAAGACUGUCACUAGAUGGUGCUUAAACACUGUACUGUAGCUCCAGGGCAAUUUUGUUCUCAGAAUCUGUCUGGAAAAACACUUUAUGCAUUAUUAAUUUAAUAGAAGUGAGCAGAAAAAAGAAAAAAGAUAUACGUGUCCUGUGGUAAGUUAGCGAAACAUCCUGAACCCUUUGUGCUCUGCCCAGCUGUAAUACGCAUUGGAUCUGUAACCGAGGGCGUCAUUAUAAAACAGUCAUGCUCGAAAUCA